AUGGGCUUCUCGUCCGCACUGCAGGGCCGGGUGGCGCACGAUGCGCUGCUCAAUCGGCAGGAGGCCGAGCUGAAGCUGCUCGAAACGAUGAAACGGUGCCUGGUGCAAAAGGUCAAGUGCGACCGGGAAUAUGCCGUUUCGCUCGCGGCCGUCACCCAACAGGGACUCAAAAUCGAUCGCUCCGACGAUCUGCAAGGAAGCCACAUUAUGCGUGCCUGGCGCAGCUUCCUCGAGGAGCUGGAGCAUACGGCCAAGCAGAUCCGGACGAACGCGGAGCAGCUGGAGACGGUCUGCCAUGACAAGCUGGCCAGCCUUUAUCAGGAGAAGCGGCGCGUCCGGAAGCAGUAUCAGGAGGAGCACACCAAAAUCGCAACCCAGUUCAGCCAGCUCACAGAAGAUGUCGCACGGAAGAAAAGCGAAUACCAGAAGCAUUUAGACUACUACAAGCAGCUACGGAGUCGAUUCGAGGAGCAUAUCAAAUCCGGCCGUUCCGGGCGCAAGCUGGACGACGUCAUCGACAAGUACCAGAAGGCCUGCCGGAAGCUGCACCAGGCGCACAACGAGUACGUCCUGCUCAUCACCGAGGCGGUCGAGGUCGAGAGGGACUUCCGGACGAUCCUGCUGCCCGGCCUGCUCGAGCACCAGCAGUCCCUCCAGGAAGGCUUCAUACAGGCGUGGAGCAACCUGCUGCAGGAGAUUGCCAAGCUGAGUGACACAACAUCCGAGAAGUUCGUCGACAUACAGCGGCGCAUCGAGUCGAGCAUAGCAGGCAUCAACUCGACCGAGGAGUACCGGGACUUUAUGGAGAAGCACAAAACCACCCCGACCGCACCGGUCGUAUUCCAGUUCGACGAGGCGCUUGUCGAGGAUAGUCUCGGGAAGCUCCAGGCCAACACACUCACCGUGGACAACUUGACCGUCGACUGGCUACGAGGCCGACAAACGGAGCUCGAGGGCACGAUCAAGGAGCUACAGGAUCGCCAGAACAAGCUACACACGGACACGAACGGUGGUACGAACGGUGCGACGGUUAGCCCGGGCGCCAGUCCCGUCGGUACGCCCGGCACGAAACCGUCCACACCGAUCCUAAAUGGCGGGUCCACCAACGGCUUGGUGCUGCUGGGCAAAGAUACAAGUGUACACAAAUCUUCCAAGGAGUUGAACACAUUGCGCUGCCAGGAACGACAAACGCUAAGGCUGGUCGACAUGAUCCGCACGGCUUUGAACGAGGUGGGAUGCGAAGAACUGCCAUCUGGAUGUGACGACCUCUCGGUGGAGCAUCUAAUCGAGAACAAAAAGUCUGUCAGCCAGGAUCUAUCGGUGGACUCGCCGCACAACACCUCGACGACGAUGGGACUCUUUUCCCUACGCACUGGUGUCAACAGUGGUGGUGGUGUUAUGUCCAUGCUAAUCGAUCAACUACGCCGCAAAUCGGGCCCACCGGGAGCGUCUGGAUCGGGGAGCAGCAGUAGAACACCCCGGUCGGGACCAACACCGGUGCAAACGCCGAAACCAGGCCACCGAUCGGCGACAACGACGGUAAAUAGCGUCAGUGAAAGUUGUGCUUCCGUUGCGUGUGAUCGUGUGUUGCAAGCUUCCGCCGGCGGCGAUAGUCAGCUCGCGAUUACUAACAACCAUCAACCACCGGUGGUGGUGGAACCGGACGCCGACAGUGCCACUUACGCUGAGCUUGCCGAUGGAAACGAUUCCGACCACCGACUGUCGAACGUUUACGUCGACAUGGAGUCGUACCUGUUGCAUGAGCUCGACCGGGGUCGAUCGUUUGACUAUACUAACAUUAGCAGUGCGAGCGGCAGCCGCGGGCGCAAGGUGGUUCCAGAGGGCCCCGCUACCGGUAACAGUAGCCCGAGUGAGUCCGAUCCUAACCUAACUAACACGGACCGGCGUGGUGAUGGGACUACGCACUACCGGAGAUUGCGCACCCAGGCUAGCAGUGAGGACAGUGAGAUGCAUCUCUUGAACCAACUGCACCACCGUCGGACACCACCGGGUGAGCGAGACGAUGACGAUGGAGCAAGCUGUACGACAGGCGACGAGCUGAAUGACUCCAAGAACAAUUUGCUUCGGGAGGAAAGUUUCGAUGAAGAUCACCGUCAGGGUGCGGCGUGUGAGCUAAGGGAAAACUCAUCAUCUAAAGACGGAGAAGGCAAGUAUCUCACCAUGAAGAAGGCCCCAACACCCCCGGAGACCUCGCCGGAAGUAACGCGCCGCUGGAAAUCAUCGAUCGAGCAGCAUCUAGACAACAUAGAUGCGCUCAAUCAGAAGCUGGACGAACAUCAGCGUUUAGCAGCUCGACUCUCCGAAGAGUAUGAAUACAUACGGGUUCAGACGCUCAGGAGAGACAUGCCAGCUCCACUGCCCGUGCCUCCUAAGCCACCGGCCGCGUUCGAAAAGGUGAACAGCUUCCGCGAGAAGAUCAAGCGCAAGAUCAAGGGUUCCCGUGCCGACAGCGACAAGACGACGGAGCGCGCCGUUACGCCGGACACUCCGGUGGAAAGUGGAGGAUUCUCGGGACGACUGAGAAACCGUAUGGCCCACCAUGGUCAACGGCAGUUUCGGCUUAUGAAAGACACGGACUCUGCCAGCCCCUCGACCGAUCGGUCGUUCGCUGAUAGGCCGCUACCGAAUGGUAACGCUUCCGGGCGGAAAAAGAAAAAGCGUAAGUCCACCAAGGCCACCCGGACACAACAACAGCGGCAGCAGCACCAGCAGGGUCGCAAUGGGGAUCAGCAACUUCCCCAGCUGCCACUGCAUCCUCAGCAGGCUUUCUCCGAGGACGAACUGCUUGCGGAAGAGGAUCAACCGGGGCCAUCCCCCGAGCAUACGGCAAAAACGGGUGGGAUUGGUACAUCCUUCUCGCACACUGUUCGUGCCACCUGGAGGGAACUGCUACAUUCCACAAACAAGGUGAAGGAUUCGUCGAUCAACCUUGCACAUCGUCAGGAUCGGCCUGAGGAGAAGCUGGAUCUAAUAACGGACCAGGACCGGCCGGGACUUCUUUCAAUACGGUUCACUUUCUCCGAUGGCGCAGCUGACCAGGGAGCGACUUCAGGGUCGCCCGAUAUGGACCCGAACACCACCGGAGAGUAUUGCGUUCCGUUGCUACUAAAAUCGCACGCCGUAGACGAACCGUUUCCCUCAGACGCGCCAAGAUCGCAGGUGGAACUACCAGAUAGCGCGACCGGAAGUUCGAGUAAACCCAGCACAAGCCUGAAGAGCAACCUUCGGGACAAGCUAACCAAGCUCGUGCAUAAAAGCAAAUCCUCCCAAGCCGGACCGGAGAAGCUCCCGAAACCGAACGGAAAGCCACAACCACCAACCGCACCGGAAAUCUGUCGGACGUGCUCAAAGCGUAUCGUGCGCCGUACGGGUGGAAUCCAUGCGAGUCGCACCGUGCUGGACUUUACGAAAGAGUUUCCUGAUGUGGCCGUUUGCGAUGGCGGCCAUGACCACGGUGACGGUGACGAAUGGUCCCACUCGGAGAUGGUUAACCUCGAGUACGAGGAUAUCGAUGUGCUAACGUUUAAGCCCCACAAACUAACCGGCCCUUCCGAGGGUGGCUAUGGUGUGAGUAUUUGUACGUGUGGUAUGACACUCUCGACGAAUCGUCCGCUGCACGAGGAAGAAUGGUUCCACGGAGUGCUGCCUCGGGAGGAGGUGGUCCGAUUGCUGCGCAACGAGGGCGACUUUCUGGUGCGCAAAACGACCCGCAACGACGAAAGCCAAACCGUGCUGAGUGUCUGCUGGAACGGACACAAACACUUUAUUGUGCAAACGACGGCGGAGGGACACUACCGGUUCGAGGGACCUGCGUUCCCGAGCAUACAGGAGCUGAUCGUGCAUCAGUACCAGUCGGAGCUGCCGGUAACGGGACGCUCGGGGGCCGUCCUGCGUAAACCGGUCCUACGGGAACGCUGGGAGUUGAGCAAUGACGACGUGAUCCUGCUGGAUAAGAUCGGCCGCGGUAACUUCGGUGACGUGUACAAGGCCAAGCUGAAAUCAUCCAAGAAUACACUCGUCGCGGUCAAGACGUGCCGCAUGACGCUACCGGAGGAGCAGAAGCGCAAGUUCCUGCAGGAGGGUCGCAUUCUCAAACAGUACGAUCACCCGAACAUCGUCAAACUGAUUGGGAUCUGCGUGCAGAAGCAGCCGAUCAUGAUCGUAAUGGAACUGGUUGCGGGUGGGUCGUUACUGAUGUUCCUGCGCAAGAACACGCAGACCCUCGGACAGCGGCAGCUGAUGAGCAUGUGCCGAGAUGCGGCAGCUGGCAUGCGUUACUUGGAGUCGAAGAACUGCAUCCAUCGGGAUCUGGCCGCUCGGAACUGCCUAAUUGGCAGUGAGAACAUUGUCAAGAUAUCCGACUUUGGAAUGUCACGUGAGGAGGAAGAAUAUAUCGUGUCCGGCGGUAUGAAGCAGAUUCCAAUCAAGUGGACCGCACCGGAGGCGCUGAACUUUGGCAAGUACACAUCCCUCUGCGACGUGUGGUCGUACGGUAUCCUGGUGUGGGAGAUCUUCAGUCGAGGUGAUACGCCGUACUCUGGCAUGAGCAACUCGACGGCUCGCGAGCGAAUCGACGAGGGCUAUCGGAUGCCGACGCCGGAGGGCGCCCCACCAGAAAUGUACCGGCUCAUGCUCAAAUGCUGGUCGUACGAGCCGGAAAGUAGGCCGCACUUUGAUGAGAUAUGCAGCGUCGUCGAUGCACUGCUGCUAUGCACCAAGGACUGACCACGGAUCAGCGAUGGACGCGAGCGCGACCAACCGUCUAAACCCCUCACCGCCGGUGGCGGAUGGCCUGCUGCACGGGGGCUGUGGGGUGAAGGACUUACAAUUUUGCAACAACUGUUCCAGGGAACGGGCAAUGUUUAACCUGAUGCUUUGGUAUGCGUAUAUAAUUUUCUGUGCCACCUCUUUGUCACUGUAUACUGAUGGGUGGUGGGCUAGUGGAGGAGCAUUGUCAGGAUUAUCUUCACUCUAAACCCUGUACUCUAUGCCUUAUAUAACGCUUCUCGACAUAGCCAUCGUUCAGCUUCAUUUCGUACGAUGGAGUGUCGAAUUCUUUCAUCCCCCAUAAUAGACGAGCAAUCGAACAAGUAAAGUGAAGGAAGAGCAAGGAAUGAUCAAAUAUCUAUUUAAAACAUACUUCUUUAAAUGUAUCCAGGAUAAGCAUACUGCUACGAGAAACAAACUGUUGACUCUUGGCUCAACACGUUUGGUUGGUUGGUUAACGAACGGUUUUAUAAUACGGUGCUUUCAGAGUAAGUGCAGAAUUAGUGCAGAAAAUACGGCAUACGAAUGAAGAUAGAAGUUUAGCAAAAGAUCAUACAAAAACCAGUAGACACACAGAGAGACACACUCAAACAUUAGGACAGUUACUAUGUUAACUCAGUAGGCGCGGUCCUCUGUACAGGCUGUUUGAAGGUGUAAAAAGAUGAAAGUAAGUGAUCGAAGUAGCGUAAGAAUAUGGUAGACCGUAAGAAAAUUCAACAAACGGAUGGUUAUAACAAUUUAACAGAUUGUUAGAGAACGGCUGAGGUAAGCUAGUUAUUAGUCGAAUGAAUGAUGCAACGACGAGUGCAUAGAACAGGGAAAGAAAAUCAGUGCAUCAAACAGCACACGAGAGAAUGCAAGAUAAGUUGCGUACGCAUGAAGAGCGCUUUUGCGUGUGCAAGAAAAAAGUGUGAUAGAUUAUUCAAGCUGACGAAAACGAGCCUUUCAGAGGGGGUUAGGGGUAAACGGUCGGAAACAGAAUGUGACAUGGGAAUGAGGAGGUGAGACAGAGAUUUAGGAAAUAGUUACAUGGUAAGCAAAACAGUUGAUCAUCGAAAGCAAACGCUAACCUUUCCAGAAACAGAACGAUAAGAACGCUAUAACAAACGCAACAUUAUACGCACACACCAACUUCGUGAUUUAAACUACCAUUUUUAAUCAGCAACCAGGACACAGGACCUGUCUGAGAUAUUUUGAUAUU